AUGGACAUCAACUCGGGGAAUUUCUGGCCUAUGUUGCCCUCUAUUCUCGAAGCAGCGCGUACGGCUCGCUAUGUUGCGAUGGAUCUCGAGAUGACGGGAAUAUCAACCACUUCUGAGCCAUUUCCUCCGAACAUCUCCGUACAAGAUGCAUAUACUCGGGUCAAAACUGCCGCUGAAUCUUUCCAAGUCCUCCAGGUCGGACUCACAUUCUACAAGUACAACGUGACGUUCAACUUCUCCCUUUCUCCGAUGUUCCCUAAGAGUUCUAGCUCACGGCCGUUGACUCAAUGCCUCUAUCGGAAGUUUGCUAUCUCAACAUCCAGUUAUGAGUUCCUCGUGGAUCACAAGUUCGACCUUGCCAAUGCUCUCGAUCUUGGUGUACCCUACUUAAGCAGGGACGAGGAACAACGCGCGAAGCACUAUCUCUCUACGACUCGUCAGGUUGAUGCAGAUGUCAAUGUUGCGGCGCUGGAUGGUGCUUCACAGGAGUUCUACAAGUCGUGCCGCGAGCAGCUCCGUUCUCUUGUGAAUCGAGCCGUCAAUGGCGAAGUUGCGAUUCAGUGGGGAAAUUUUUACAACACGAGUAACCUACAGAUCCUAAUGGUCCGGCAGCUCGUGCGUGAUGAGUUCCCCCAUUGUAUGGUUAGAAAGUACCGUUUCCAGGAUGUACAUCAUUGUCUUGUCCGUGUAGCAGACGAUAAUGACAGAGCCAAGGAAAAGGAAAAGGAACAUGCGAGCAUCCAGAGGAGCUUGGUCGAAGUAGACAAGUGCUCGGGAUUGCGCCUCGUCUUCGAAGCGAUCAGUGGCGGGGAGUUUGCCUUCAAAAUCCAGCGCGAAUGGAUCAAGCACGAGGGUGUUCUCCAGGCGUUCAAUGGGCAUUACGACUUGCACCGCUGCGAGGAGCAACUCCAGCGCGAACGGCCAGUCUUGGUUGGGCACAAUCUGUUUCACGACUUGGUAUUCAUAUACCAUACGUUAUUCGGGAAGCCCCCAGACAGCGUCGACCAUUUCCUGAAUCGCAUCCAUGAGCUAUUCCCACGAAUCGUCGACACCAAGUACCUCUUCACGCGUACGCGAACCCAGAUGGAUGCAGAUCGUCCCUUGGAUCAGGUGUACAGCGCUGCGAGGGUGCAUCAAUUCCCUACGGUCAAGGAGAUCGAAGGAUAUGGGUACAACGAGGCCAAGUCUCACCAGGCGGGUUACGACAGCUUCAUGACCGCCAAUGUCCACAUCAAGCUCUGCUACCUCCUGUAUAGCAGACACGAGCAUCUAAAGCUGAAAGAGGAGGUCACCUACCAGCCGGGUCCCGACAGAAACGCCAAGGGGAAAGCAGCUUCGAAGCGGGACACAAGUGCAGGUAGGGGCUACGACCCCAACCGCAGCCUCCUCGACGACGACGCCCGACCUCUCACGGAAGCUACUGACAGGGAUCCCCUAUGGUAUCUGCCGCCGCUCAUUCCAUCCCGUAGAGCGGAUACGAAGAAGCCAGACCCGGAAGCUGCGUCAGCUAGGCCUUCUGCGAAGUUGCCCGUCGAGGCAAAUGUCAGCCUGAACGAGGUCCACCUCCUGCCUCUGUGGACCGAUCCCUUCUGGAGUGUGUAUGGCAACAAGACUCGCUUGGCGGGUACUGUUGUCUCGUUCGUGUAG